GUUAAAUUUUAGUUGUGCUCAUGGUUUACAUAAGCUACAUCAUUAUCAACGUGACAGAUGUGUACUUAUUGCGAAGGACUAGAGCCUCAACGAUUGCCAAAAUGCAAAGACUUCUGGACGAGGAGCAAACACCUGAAGUCAUAUUAAAGCUCCAGGAUCUGGAGAGAAAGUUGGAGUAUUAUUCACAGGAUACGAGGGUGGAGAUCUUGGAAAAAAAGAUUGAAGUCUCGAUAACCAGAAUACGCUACACUACGAUGAGAAUGAUUCAAAAUCAACGUGUUAGCGUCAACCGACGCGUCACCCGAAAUAUGAGACUGGAUUACACGCAAUCGAAAAACGUAGGGAUCUUCAGGGACUUUCUCCUUGCCCUCAGGCCCAUCAAGUGCCAGUCCUGGAAGCAGGCCGACAUUCUGAACCGGGUCUUACUGCUGAUCCGGGCUCCGGCCGUCGUCAUCUGCACCCUCUACAUUCCCCUGGUGGACUACGAAAUGGAGAAACAUGGCUGGAACAAGCUGCUGAACUCCAUCAACGUAGUGAUUAAUCCUGCCCUAUCAAUAUCGUUCUUCAUGUCUUUAAUCCAUAGAGAAGGAAACACUAUGUGGUACAUAAGCCUGCAGAACACCAUGACUUAUGGAGGCUGUUCCCUCGUACUCACAGUGCCGUUUGCCGUCUUCAUUCUCAUCCACUCACGGACUGAUGUGCCACCAUCUUAUCACUGGGUGUUUACAAUAAUGAAUCUGACAGGAUCGAUGUUCCUAAUCUUUCUCUGCGCCACGGAAAUCGAUACAGUGCUGGAAGUGAUUGGAAACAUAUUGUCCAUAGACGACAACUACAUGGGCGCCACUGUGAAGGCAUUUACAGGGAAUCUGGGCACUCUUUUCGCGAACACCGCGGUGGCCAUUCAUGGCUAUCCAAAAAUGGCAUUUGCAUCCGUCAUCGGCGGAUCUUUUUUCACCAUCGUCGUAACUGGGAACACUGUGAUUUACGUGAGAAGUCUGGUGGGACAUCAACAGAACCACAGUGAGCAGAUAGAGGAAUAUGGCCAAUUCGCCUUUAUAUUUCUCAUCAUGGGACUCUUUAGCAUUUUGCUUUGGUCCACAACGUUGGGAUUUUUCGCUCGCCGCUCUAUGGGAUUAUAUUCGAUUGGGCUUUACGUUGUCUACUUAUUGUUCGCCACUCUAGUUCAUGAGCGAAUCAUUCACUCGUUUAGCAAAGACAGUCAGCUGAGCUCCGCAUUUGGCGAUAUUUAAGUGGUAAAGGAUAUUUGGAUAUUAAAGUGGCAAGGCUUCGAAAUUAUUAAAGAGCUGG